GCGGUUGAGUUUUGCUGGGGAUCGCUGUCGGUCGGGACAAUGAACUACGACUGCCAUCAGAGCUGGGGCCGCGAUGCGGGGCCGCGGGGCUCCGGCCGGGGCUCCGGCCAGGGCUCGGGCGGCGGCGGGAGUCGCGGCUCGGGCGGCGGCGGCGGGGGCCGCGGGGGCCGGGGACGGCAUCCCGGACACCUGAAGGGUCGCGAGAUCGGCCUGUGGUACGCCAAGAAGCAGACGCAGAAGAACAAGGAGGCCGAGAGGCAGGAGAGAGCUGUAGUACACAUGGAUGAGCGACGAGAGGAGCAAAUUGUGCAGCUGCUGAAUUCAGUCCAAACUAAGAAUGAUAAAGAUUCAGAAGCACAGAUAUCCUGGUUUGCACCUGAGGAUCAUGGGUAUGGUACUGAAGUUUCUUCAGAGAAAAAAAUAAACUCAGAGAAGAAAUUUGACAGCCAGGAAAAAAAAUCUCUAAAACAAGAAAAAAAGACAUUUAGGAUCACAGACAAACCAUACAUUGACCGAGAUUCUGAGUAUUUGUUGCAAGAAAAUGAGCCCAAUGUAGGCUUAGACCAACAUUUAUUGGAAGAUUUACAAAAGAAAAAAGCUGAUCCUCGGUAUAUAGAGAUGCAGCGUUUCAGAAAAAAGCUGCCUUCAUAUGGAAUGCAAAAGGAGCUGGUAAAUUUAAUCAAUAACCAUCAGGUAACAGUAAUAAGUGGUGAAACUGGCUGUGGCAAAACCACUCAGGUUACACAGUUCAUCUUGGAUAACUACAUUGAAAGAGGAAAAGGGUCUGCCUGCAGAAUCGUGUGUACUCAGCCAAGAAGAAUUAGUGCCAUUUCAGUUGCUGAAAGAGUGGCCGCAGAAAGGGCAGAGACUUGCGGCAAUGGUAAUAGUACUGGAUACCAGAUUCGUCUCCAAAGUCGGUUGCCAAGGAAACAAGGUUCCAUUUUAUACUGUACAACAGGAAUCAUUCUUCAGUGGCUGCAGUCAGACUCGCGUUUAUCCAGCGUCAGCCAUAUUGUACUUGAUGAGAUUCAUGAAAGGAAUCUGCAGUCAGAUGUCUUAAUGACUGUUAUUAAAGAUCUUCUCAAUUUUCGAUCUGACUUAAAAGUCAUAUUGAUGAGUGCAACAUUGAAUGCUGAGAAAUUUUCAGAAUAUUUUGGUAACUGUCCAAUGAUACAUAUACCAGGUUUUACUUUUCCAGUUGUGGAGUAUCUUCUGGAAGAUAUCAUUGAAAAAUUAAGAUAUGUUCCAGAACAAAAAGAACAUAGAUCCCAGUUCAAGAGGGGUUUCAUGCAGGGUCAUGUAAAUAGACAAGAAAAAGAAGAAAAAGAGGCAAUCUAUAAAGAACGCUGGCCAUCUUAUAUAAAGGAACUGCGAACAAGAUACUCUGCAAGUACUGUAAAUGUUUUGGAAAUGAUGGAUGAUGAUAAAGUUGAUCUGAAUUUGAUUGCUGCCCUAAUUCGAUACAUUGUUUUGGAAGAAGAGGAUGGUGCAAUACUGGUCUUUCUACCAGGCUGGGACAAUAUCAGUACUUUACAUGACCUCUUGAUGUCACAAGUGAUGUUUAAAUCAGAUAAGUUUCUUAUUAUACCUUUACAUUCACUGAUGCCUACAGUAAAUCAGACACAGGUAUUUAAAAAAACUCCUCCCGGUGUUCGGAAAAUAGUGAUUGCUACCAACAUUGCAGAGACUAGCAUCACCAUAGAUGAUGUGGUUUAUGUAAUAGAUGGAGGAAAAAUUAAAGAAACACACUUUGACACACAGAACAACAUCAGUACUAUGUCUGCUGAGUGGGUUAGUAAAGCCAAUGCCAAGCAGAGGAAAGGUAGAGCUGGAAGAGUUCAGCCUGGUCACUGUUAUCAUCUAUAUAAUGGCCUUAGAGAAAGUCUUUUGGAUGACUACCAACUACCAGAAAUUUUGAGAACUCCUUUGGAAGAACUUUGUUUGCAAAUAAAGAUUUUAAGGCUAGGUGGAAUUGCUUAUUUUCUGAGUAGAUUAAUGGAUCCACCAUCAAACGAAGCAGUAUUGCUCUCCAUAAAACACCUAAUGGAAUUGAGUGCUUUGGAUAAGCAAGAAGAAUUAACACCUCUUGGUGUCCAUUUAGCUCGAUUGCCUGUUGAGCCACAUAUUGGAAAAAUGAUUCUCUUUGGAGCUUUGUUCUGUUGCUUAGAUCCAGUCCUCACUAUCGCUGCCAGCCUCAGCUUUAAAGAUCCCUUUGUCAUUCCAUUGGGAAAGGAAAAGAUUGCAGAUGCAAGAAGAAAGGAAUUGGCAAAGGAAACUAGAAGUGAUCACCUGACAGUUGUGAAUGCAUUUGAGGGCUGGGAAGAAGCUAAACGACGUGGUUUCAGAUAUGAAAAAGACUACUGCUGGGAAUAUUUUUUGUCGUCAAACACACUGCAGAUGCUGCAUAACAUGAAGGGACAGUUUGCUGAGCAUCUCCUGGGAGCUGGAUUCGUAAGCAGUAGAAGUCCCAAAGAUCCAAAAGCUAAUGUAAAUUCAGAUAAUGAGAAGAUAAUUAAAGCUGUCAUCUGUGCUGGUUUAUAUCCCAAAGUUGCUAAAAUCCGACUAAAUUUCGGUAAAAAGAGGAAAAUGGUGAAAGUUCACACAAAGUCUGAUGGUCUGGUUUCUAUUCAUCCAAAGUCUGUCAAUGUGGAGCAGACAGACUUCCACUAUAACUGGCUCAUCUAUCACCUGAAGAUGAGGACAAGCAGUAUAUACUUGUACGACUGUACGGAAGUUUCACCAUACUGUCUUUUGUUCUUUGGAGGAGAUAUUUCCAUCCGGAAAGAUAAUGACCAGGAAAUUAUUGCUGUAGAUGAAUGGAUUGUGUUUCAGUCUCCAGAAAGAAUUGCCCAUCUUGUCAAGGGGCUAAGAAAGGAAUUGGAUAUCCUUCUGCAAGAGAAGAUUGAAUGUCCUCAUCCUGUAGACUGGAACGACACUAAGUCAAGAGACUGUGCAGUACUGUCAGCUAUUCUGGACUUGAUCAAAACACAGGAAAAGGCUACUCCAAGGAACUUGCCACCACGGUCACAGGAAGAAUAUUAUAGCUGACAGCUUUGUGUGUUUUUCUAAAACCUAUCCUGAUGUUCAUGUUUCUCUCUCUUUUUUUUUUUUUUUUAGUUUUUGGCAAAAAUACCAAGUCCUGGUUAUGACUCAGUGUAUAAGCUAGAAACUUUCAAUGGGUAGUAAAGAGUUAAUGUGCAUGAAUAAACAGUGUCAUCUAGCUCUACUAUAAAGACACUGGGAAAAGCAGUGUGCUCUCUGUUCUAGGUAUGUCCACACUUGGGGAGAAUUCCUUUUCCAUAUAUUAAGUGUUGUAACAUUGAGAAAUUUCUUUAUGCCAUUAUACAAUUAAUUUUUUAUCUAUAAUGACUGUCCAGAGACAGUAAUAAUAGAAUGUUUGCCCAAAAAGCAGUGUGACAAGAGUUUGAAUACAACCACAUUUUUUUUAAAAAUGAACUUCUAUUACAAGUAAAUUUGUUGUAAUAAAGCCCAGUAUUUAAUAAAAUGUACAAUGUGUAAAUCUAAGCUAACUUCUUGGUUUGGUUUCUAGACUUCUACUUAUGACUUGGCUUGUUUCUUUUUAUUUGUUUGUUUGAUGUUUCUCUUUGUUUUUUCACUAUUAAAUAAUGUUCUUACACCAUCUUCCUGCCCCUUGUAGCAUAAUGUAGCAGCUGAGCACCAUGUCUGGUUGUGAUGUCUGAGGUCCUAUCUCAGCUCAGCACCUUUUCCUUAUCUGAAGGACAGGUAAAGAUUGUGAUGAGGGUUGAAUAUGGUAUUGAAAGGUGCACAGACCAGUGUCUGAUGAAUAUAAUCCUCACGCCAUCUUUGUUACUGUUUGUUAUGAAAUAUUUUUAACAUAUCUUUUACCGUUUUAUUUUUUUAUACUGAGGAUCCUGCAGGUGGCUGAGCCAAGGGCCUCACACGUUAGACAAGUACCAAUGUACUGAGCCACAUCCCCCGCUAUAAUACACUGUGUUUAUGCUUUUUUACACUCUUAGUUAACAAAACAAAUCUGUUUUCCGGCUUGUUGUUUUUUUUCACUGUUUUUACCCUUCAUGUUCCUUAUUCAAGUCCCUCUAGCUUAAAGAUGUUGUUUUCCUCCUAUCCAAGAGUCAGUGGUUGUUUUCAGAUAAUCAAAUUUGGUCUUAGUUUCCUAUUAAGUAAUGAGAUGGCCAGGACAUACUAUAAUGCUGCCAUGGAUUUGCUGACCACACUGGUUCGGGUACUGCUUCUAUGCCUGAAUGUAUGUCACCUGGCCUUGUGUACAAUUAUUUGAAUGUACUGUGCUCUCAGUUUAUUCUUUUGGGUUGUUUACCAAAAUUAUGCUUCUCCCUGAACUUAGUCAUAGAGGUGUCACAAUAUUAGAGCAUAUUAGUUUUGCCCCUAAAGCCAAGUAAGUAUUUAGUCUCCACAACAAUGGAAAGCUGUUUUAGAAGUCUUUACAGCUGAGCAGUAGACAAAGAUAAGUGUGGUAUUGCCACCACCUGUUCAUGUGUCUGCCUGACAGCUGAGGAGGAUGGAGGGUGAAUUGCAGGUGCUCUGAAGGUUCUGCUGCUUCACAGACGAGGACUGGAAAAUGCAUUCCAAGCCUCAAAAUGACUUGUUCUGUAGUGGUCCUAAAAAAAAUAGGUCAUCAAGAAACAAAAACAAACAAAAACACAAAACCUGUUUGCACAAUCCAGAGAAUAAUUUGGAAAAAACAUUAAAACAAAAACUUCAGAGAAGAAAUGAAAUAUACUGUUGCAUAAUGCUUUAAGAGUACAUACAUAUGGUACUUUCUUAAUUAAUUGAUAGGGACAAAAAAAAGUCUAGUAAUUUUAAGUCAAUUAAUUGCAAACUAUUUUCCUGCAUUUGUAAAAUAAAGUCUACUUUAAAAUUAUUUCAGUACCCAUGCACCCAGGCUAAAGAAAUAUUGGCAUAUUUCCUUCCAUUCUCAACACUAAGCUUGUAUUUAUUCUUAAAGUAACUAUAAUUAUGUUGUAUGUGUAUAUAUUGUAAUUCUUACUUGUUAAACAGCAUUUUUGUUCUGAUUUCUUUUUUUUUUUAAACAUUUUCACUGGAGAAUAUUUGAAAAUGUAUCCAUGAAAAUAAAUCAUGUUACCAUUGUUUGUUAUAUAUGUAUUUCUAUACAUUUUUAAAUUUUCAUGGUAUUAUAUAUAGUUAACCAGUUUAAGAGUAUAAUUUCAGUGAUUUUGUCUGCUGUAUGAAAUCAUGUAACAAACACCACCAUAGUUUUGAUGUAGAACAUUCCCAUCAACUUAAGAUUUUUCACUCGUUGCUUUGAGGCAAAAUUGCUACCCCCCCCCCCCCCCCCGACCCCAGCUUGUACCCUCUGGCGCCCAGUGAUCAUAAUUUCAUCAAUAAUUUUGCCUUUUCUAGGAUUCACACAGUCUAUGUGUCCAGCCUUGUUCACAUAAUAUAAAGCAUCGAGAUAAUUCAUGAAUUUGAUGUACAUAUUAGUAAUUUUUAUUGUUUACUGUUCUCUUUUAUGGUUAUGUCAUUGUAUCCAGUUACCACUUGAUGGACAUUGCACAUAUUUUAAACAUUUUUGCUGAUACUGAAUAAAGCUGCUCUAAGCGUG